AUGAACACUCGAGCACCCGCAGUGCUUGCAUAUCGAUCGAACGCAACAAUGCACCUCGUCGCCAUGGACAUCCCUCUCCCGUUGCUCCUCUCCACCUUGGCCGUUGCCGUGGGCGUAUGCUAUGUGCUGGCCACCUUCUUCCGCGCCGACAAGGGGCGCGCGCCGCUGCCGCCGGGGCCGAGGGGCUGGCCGGUGCUCGGGAACCUCCCGCAGCUCGGCGGCAAGACGCACCAGACCAUGCACGAGAUGUCCAAGGUGUACGGGCCCGUGCUCCGGCUCCGGUUCGGCAGCUCCGUCGUCGUGGUGGCCGGGUCGGCGGGCGCGGCCGAGCAGUUCCUCCGCACCCACGACGCCAAGUUCAGCAGCCGCCCGCCCAACUCCGGCGGCGAGCACAUGGCGUACAACUACCAGGACGUGGUGUUCGCGCCCUACGGCCCCCGGUGGCGCGCGAUGAGGAAGGUGUGCGCCGUGAACCUCUUCUCGGCCCGCGCGCUCGACGACCUCCGCGGGUUCCGCGAGCGGGAGGCCGCGCUCAUGGUGAGGUCCCUCGUUGAUGCCGCUGCUACCGGCGGGGUGGUGGCGGUCGGCAAGGCGGCGAACGUGUGCACGACCAACGCUCUCUCGCGGGCGGCGGUGGGGCUCCGGGUGUUCGCCGCGGCCGGCGCCGAGCUUGGCGCCAAGGAGUUCAAGGAGAUCGUGCUGGAGGUGAUGGAGGUGGGCGGCGUGCUCAACGUCGGGGACUUCGUGCCGGCUCUCCGGUGGCUCGACCCGCAGGGUGUUGUUGCCAGGUUGAAGAAACUGCACCGCCGGUUCGACGCCAUGAUGAACGGGAUCAUCGCCGAGAGAAGGGCCGGAGGUAGCACGGCCGGCGAGGAGAAGGAAGGUAAGGACCUGCUCGGCUUGCUGCUCGCCAUGGUGCAGGAAGACAAGUCCCUCACCGGCGGCGAGGAGGACAGGAUCACGGACACGGACGUCAAGGCGCUCAUACUGAACUUGUUCGUGGCGGGCACGGAGACGACGUCGACGAUAGUGGAGUGGGCGGUGGCGGAGCUGAUCCGGCACCCGGACAUGCUGAAGCGGGCGCAGGAGGAGAUGGACGCCGUCGUGGGCCGGGACAGGCUCGUCUCGGAGUCCGACCUGCCGCGCCUCACGUUCCUGAACGCGGUCAUCAAGGAGACCUUCCGGCUGCACCCGUCGACGCCGCUCUCGCUGCCGCGGAUGGCCUCCGAGGAGUGCGAGGUCGCCGGCUACCGCAUCCCCAAGGGCACGGAGCUGCUGGUCAACGUGUGGGGCAUCGCCCGCGACCCGGCCCUGUGGCCCGACCCGCUCGAGUUCCGGCCCGCCCGGUUCCUCCCGGGAGGGACCCACGCCGACGUCGACGUCAAGGGGGGCGACUUCGGGCUGAUCCCGUUCGGGGCCGGCCGGCGGAUCUGCGCGGGCCUCAGCUGGGGCCUGCGGGUGGUCACCGUGACGGCGGCCACGCUCGUGCACUCGUUCGACUGGGAGCUGCCGGCGGGCCAGACGCCCGACAAGCUCAACAUGGAGGAGGCCUUCUCUCUGCUGCUGCAGCGGGCCGUGCCGCUGAUGGCCCACCCGGUGCCCAGGCUGCUCCCGUCGGCGUACGAAAUUGCAUAA